CACCCACCAUCAACCUCAGCUCUCACAAUAGUAGUGUAGUACAAGUACAACUAAUAAACAUCAACAUGUCAUCAUCACAACAGGACGACUGCGCCUGUAGGAAACCCCGCAAGUCGGUGGUCCAAAUUUGCAAUGCCAACCGAGUCCUCCGAACCAGGAUACCCAUCAAAUUCCUCAACGACAGCGACACGCCAUUGGACAAGUCCAACUCGGUCGAAUUGAUUGGUCGCAGUUGGGCGGCAGAUUGUACUGCCUUUUGCAUUCCGGAGCUUGAUAUUGGUUUGGAUGCCGGAUACGUUGUCCAUGGCAAACGUCUCUCCAACUACUUUAUCUCGCACACCCACACGGAUCACUGUCAUUUUCUGACCCACAUCAAGUCACGGUCCAAGCCACCCAAAAUCUACUUGCCGGCACCGUCCGUCGACGGCGCCACGCGGUUCAUCCAAGUGGCACAGCAAUUGACAUCCGACCUCACGCAACAACAAUACGACGAGAUUCCCUGGGACAAGGAUCAUGAAUUUAUCGGUGUCACGGCGGGGCAACACAUGGUCGUCGAUUCCAAACGAGGCAUUGUCUGCGAUGUGGUGUCCAUGGACCACGGUGUGCCCUGUGUGGGAUAUUGCUUUGCCCAACGAAAGCAAUCUCUUAAAGCUGAGUUUCGGGGAUUGCCCGGACGUGAAAUUGGUGCCUUGCGCAAACAAGGCGUCCAAGUGACACAAGAAGAAAUCUUGCCCCUGUUUGCCUUUUUGGGAGACACCACCGCGGAGGGGGUCUUUGGAGACAGCAGUGCCGAGAUUCGCCGCAAAGUCCUGGCUUGUCCUACGGUCAUUAUGGAAUGUUCCUUCCUCACAGACGACAACCGGAUGCAGGCCGCCAAAAGCAAGCAUGUGCUUUGGUCCGAUCUGAAACCACACAUCGAAUCUCACCCGAAUGCGACAUUUGUCCUGAUGCACUUUAGUCACCGGUAUACACGCGACGAAGUCCACGAGUUUUUCCAAGCACCCGAAAACUACCUCCCCAAUGUUGUCCCGUGGAUUGCCGACCAAAAUCUCGCAGUUCAAGGCACCUCCGUGGAAGCCGACCCGUUGUAUUGCGAGGAAGUUUGGUCUCAUUAUUAAAGCUAGUUCACCAUGGUGGUUUGUGAUUCGAUUCUUCUUGUGCUGGAGCGGUCGGGGAAUGUCUCGACGCCGCUCAUUCCCAAGGCCUCCGUGUCAGCCAAGAUGGUGCCACCUUGGGCACAAAACUUGACCCUUGGUGCCACCAUACUGCAGCUUCUCGAACCCAAGACGCCUCGAGCUCAUCGUCGGCACCAACCAAUGGCCAGCACUUAUAACCACCCCAGAGGCCAGAUACCGUAGGAAGCUAGCAGCUAGAUAGAUAUAUGUAGAACAGGUCAAUUUUU